AUGCAGGAGGAUAUGAACAUAAAAUAUGAAGAUUUCAAUAGUGAUAAAUACUCUGUGCCGAAUUCACUCUUACGGGCCUAUCAAUACGACCAUGAGAUUAGUCAUAGCGAUAUUGUACCAGAACAAUAUCGCUAUUAUCAUAUUCCACAGGAACAACAUUCUGACAACAAUCGCCAGAUCUAUGGUCAUUAUGCCAGUGGCGAUAAGCAUAAUAAAAGUACGCAUAUAUCUAAUAAGAAAAGCGCGCCACCAAGAUGUGUUCAAUUGCAGCAUGGCAAUAACGCAAACAACAAUUGCCAGCCAAUAACGAAUCUCCGUUUCAAAGAAGAAUCAGAAUCACGAGCGCAGCGACAUCGUUGUCGACAGUUUGAUUUUAAUUGUUGCGAUUCGCACAGAGACAGUUUUUACGAAAAAUAUCAUCCUUGUUUAUAUUAUCAAAAUACAAAUACGUCAGAAAAGACAUCUAGGAGAAGAAAUCUACCAUCAACUCGUAACAUGCCCUCCUCCAAAAAUAUCCUGCAAUCCAAUGAGGAUUUGACACUCGAUAAGUACGAAUUACUCUCGGACCGGGAUAAUUUCAAUGGUCACAGAGAUAUAGCCGAUCAAUAUGAAAAGCACGUACUUAAGGAAAAACCCGUCAAUAAUAAUGACGAUAGCGCGUAUGAUAAUUGGCGCUACGAUUCCAUCAACCUCACUGCCAUUGAAAACGUACAUGGUUACACAGAAGAUAUUGAUGUUCACGAGUACAAAAAAUCAAAAUAUUUCGUAGAAGAUAAAUAUUCCAAUUCACAAAAAUCCGGUGCAAGAAAUAAUAAAGAAUUACAUGAAUACCAAAGGACCAAAGAUUACUUAAAUAAUUACAAGAGGUCGGAUGAAGAAUCUCCAAAUAAAUCAAAUCAUGAUGAAAAUGAAAAACAUACACUUCAGUUGACGCAGAGUCCUGAAGCUUCAACAAAAAAAGUAUCACCACCGCCUAAAAACCGACGUGUUUUAAUAUAUAAUAAUCAAAGUCCUAGAUUAUCACACAUAAUUUCCCACAAAAGAAAUCAGAGGUUGAAGACAAAAUCACUUGUUGAGUGCAAACCAGAUGCAUUACCCAAUAUAAUAAAGGCUUGUCAUUCUGGAGACACCAAAUCUGUUAUUUCGCACCGAAAUACAAAUUCCUCAACGAGGAAUAAGCCGACAUUUGAUUCAAAGGAUUUUUCAUCCGAAGAAAGUGAAUGUGAACAUGAUUUGGAUAACGUUUCCGAUUUUGAUGAAGGCGACGAUUCUGACAUUUCUUCUGAUUCAGAAGAGUGUUACCGAUCACAUGCUUACAAAUUUACUCAUGCAUUUGAUGCAAUUUCAACUACUACAUCUGUUUUGUCUUCCCUGAAUUCUGUAGAUAGUUUGACUAAUCCGGAAAGUCUAUUAGUGCCAAGUUUAUUUCCUAAUGUACCACCGUAUUUAUCAUUUUCUUCUAAUACAAAGAAAGGUCCAGAUGUACCUGCCGAUUUAUACCGAAUUCUGAAAUGGAGAGUUACUAGUGUUAUGCCAAGAGUAGUGCGGACAAUUUUAUCCAACAGUGGAAUGCGUUUACUUAAAAAAACUAAUGACUGGAUGGGUGUUUGGGGAAAACACAUGAAGUCCCCGUGCUUUAAAACCGUACGGCCCCAUCAGAAAAUAAAUCAUCUACCAGGAUCGUUUAAGAUUGGUCGCAAAGAUUCGUGUUGGAAAAAUCUAGUUAGACAAAUGGCAAAGCACGGGAAGAAAGAAUUUGGAUUUAUGCCUAAGACUUACAUCAUACCCAACGAUCUGAAACAAUUGCGUAAAAGUUGGCCCAAAUAUGCCCAAAGAAAUGUCAAAUGGAUUAUAAAGCCACCAGCUAGUGCUAGAGGUUCAGGAAUACGAGUUGUUGAUAGAUGGGCUCAAAUACCUAAACGAAAAUCGCUAAUUGUUCAGAAAUAUAUAGAACGCCCAUUGCUAAUAAACGGCAGUAAAUUUGAUUUGCGUCUUUAUGUGCUAGUAACAUCGAUACACCCAUUACGGGUGUAUAUGUACCACAACGGUUUGGCCAGGUUUGCUUCAGUAAAAUACAGUGAUAAAUCGGAUACAUUAAAUGAUCGGUGUAUGCAUUUGACAAACUAUAGUAUCAAUAAACUUUCUUCGAAUUAUGCAAAAAAUGAGGACGUCAAUGCAUGCCACGGUCACAAGUGGACAAUAAAAUCGUUGUGGAAUUAUCUAGCAUGUCGGGGCGUACACACAGAGCUCUUAUGGGAUGCCCUACGGAGCUUAGUUCUAAGAACUAUUUUAGCUGGUGAGAAUUCCAUAAACAACAUGAUUAGAACGAACGUUGAGUCAAAGUACAGUUGUUUCGAGUUGUUUGGAUUUGAUGUACUACUAGACGCUGAUUUAAUCCCAUGGCUGUUAGAAGUAAACAUAUCACCAUCCCUACAUUCGGAAUUGCCAUUGGAUGCACACGUGAAAGCACCCCUUGUCCAAAGCGUAUUGAAUACUGCUCUUUACAACGUACCACCAAAGCUUUCAAUUGAACGUCAAAAAGAAAUUGCGGCAGAAAUGUCAUUGCAGCCUGGACCUAUUUGUUACGACAAACGACUGUAUAUUAAUUACUUGUCGCGUAGUGAGAAAAUAAAGCAUAGCACAUUUACUCGUAAAACUAUGGAGGAUCGAAAUGAGUAUAUUGAUGCAAUAUUGGAAAAUCUGACUCCGGACGAUGUACGGUGUCUUAUAAUUGCUGAAGAUGAACUGGCUCGUAGUUCACCACUGGAACGCAUUUUUCCAACCGCUGAAACUCAUAAAUAUUUGAAAUACACUGAAACUCCUCGAUAUUACAACCGUUUAUUGGAUGCAUGGGAAACGCGCUAUAGCCACAAUCGCAAUGAGGGCAUUAAUUUGCUACGACAAUACUGUGAAGACCGAUAUCACCUUCAAGUACCGCAGAUACCAACCAAGAAGGGAUGUUGGAGAGCAAUCGUGGCUCUAUAUUGGCGCUGUCGUGCCUUAUAUUCUCCCCAAUGUAAGAUAUUCCAAAUGGGAGAUAUCAGUUUGCAACGGAUUGACUCGGAGAUGGACUCCGACCAGAGGAUGCCACCUCAACAAUUACAUGUUCGUGUUCGUCAUUUUUGUCAUGGGAGCCGCAUUAUAUCCCGAAAUGCCUGCUCGGAACCCUACUGGUCCGUGCCGGGAUUGAAAGAAACCCCGGACCUUGGUUCUGCAGUGUUUGCAGAAACCGCAUCCACAUCCGCAGAUUCAAUGGAUGUGGAGAAUGGGUGCAUUUUCGAGGCUGCUCUGGACUGA